CGAUCGAGAUGGUGCGAGGUACGAUGCUAUUUCUGUCAUUCAUUGCAAUAUGUUCGCUCACAUUGCACACGACGUGUCAUGCCCGAGAUUUGGCCAAUGCGAAAUCGCGCAUCAGUCGACGCAAUGUACAAGAGAACGAUGACCACCAUGUAGGUCAUUUAGAACCUGCCGCAGAAUCAUCCUCGAUUGCAAAAAUAGACGAAACCGAUCUUGAGACAGCAGCGACCAAACAUAAGGGUCAUCAUCACGAAUCCGGAGGUGGUCACAAACAUGAAUCUCAUCAUCACGAAGAUCACGGUGGAAAAAGUGAAAAGGGGUAUAAGAGCCAUCAUCAUCAUGACAAAGGUGACAGUGGUAAGCACGAUGAGGAGCAUCAUGCCGGUCAUCACGAGGAACACGGAGGCAAGAAGAAGGGCCAUCAUGAUGAGCACGAGAAAUAUGGUGAGCAUCACGAAGACGAGAAGGGUCAUAAAGGUGGAAAGUUCGGUGAAAAAAAGGGCCACAAAAAGGGUCAUAAAACCAAAGGUUAUCACAACAAAUUCCAUAAGGAUGAAUUUCAUAAAGAACAUAAGUUUUACGAUGAUUAUCAUAAGGGUGGGCAUCAUGAGAAGCACGGCGAUUUCCACGGUCAUCAUGAGAAAAAGGAAGGCCAGCAUAAGAAGGGAGGUCAUCAUCAUUCCGGUUAUCAUGAAGAUCAUCACGGCAAGAAGGGCCAUCAUGACAAAGGUCAUCACGAUGAGGAACAUAAAGGUCAUCAUGGUAAACACGGCCACGAGGAGCACCAUUCCCAUCACGAUGGAUAUGGCAAGAAAGGCGAUCAUCAUUCCGGAAAGAAGUACGGCUAUAAGAAGGGGCAUUAGAGUUGUACGUUCAAAUACGUAUCAAAAAACGAUUACUCGUUCUACUGUUACGGCUUAUGUACCUGCUCCGGACCAAG